AUGGGGGAGGCGCCUAGCCCCUCGCCCGCGCUCUGGGACUGGGGCUACCUGGACCGCUGCUUCGCCCGCCACCGCGUCUGCAUCUCCUUCGGCCUGUGGAUUUGCGUCGCCUCCUGCUGGAUCGCUGCCCAUGCGCUGCUGCUUUACCUGAGAUGUGUCAAGAGAUGCAGACAGGAGCAGUCGGCUGUGUGGGCUGUGGGCUGCCUCCUGGCCAGCCUGGGUGACACUGUUGGGGCCGUUCUGGCCAGGCAACUCACUAUCCAGGUUUUCACUGGUGCCUACCUGGCAGCUGUUGACUUAGCGAACUUCCUGCUCAUUCUCUUCCCAGUCUGUGGAUCCAAACUCAAGUCUAAUUCAGGUGGGGCUUCCCGGGAGAGGAAGAGGAGGCGACACCUCAGGACCAGUGUGUUUGCCCUGGCCCUGCCCUUGAGCCUGGGCCCUGGCUGGAUGCUCUGGGCUGCUGUCCCCAAGGCCUCAGCCCUGGUGGUGCGAGGGCCACAGCGGAGACUGCUGGGAAACCUGCUCCAGGACGAUGCUGAAACCCUCGGCUACCUGCUGGGUGUGGUUGCUGCCCUCGGCUCCUGGGCUACCCGGAUCCCCCCACUCUCCCGAAUUUGCUGCCGCCGGAAGCCCUUCUCCUGCCUGUGUCUUUGGCCCAGGGCCCUGUCAGCCCUGGCCGACCUCCUCUAUGCCUCGGCCAUCGUGGCCCACGACCGGCAGCCGGAGUACCUGCUGCGAGCUGCACCCUGGCUCCUGAUCUCCCUUGGCCGGGCCUCGCUGGACAUUGCUAUCAUUUUGCUGUCCUGCGCGAUGAAUAGCAAGCUACCUCGGGCUUUGGGAUUGGCCGCUGGAUCCAGCCAGAGCUCAGACACACAAGCCCUGCUGACCUGCACUGAGCAGGAGGAGAAGCAGGAGGCCAAGAAGGCGGACUGGCUGCCUCUCACCACCCUAUCGCCUGGCAAGUCACAGAAUGUGACAGCAAGAAUCCAGCGAUACAUGGAGCUGACCCUCGAGCCCGUGCAGCAGGCCAGCUGCGGUACUACCAGGUUGCCCGGCAAUGGACAGACAAGGGCUGAGGACCCAUUCCCUCAGGAGCCGCCCUCAUAUCCUCCCGUGCAGGUCAUCCGAGCCCAUGUGUCUUCCAGCAGCUCCUCUGAGGUCUCCUCCAUCAGCUCGGACUUGGAGCAGAAGUAUUGGGAGGCACUAAACUCGGAGCAGGUAUGCACAAUCAUGCCGCCUUUUCCAGAAAGGGCUCCUAGGAUGUGAUAUCAGAUACUGUUUUGGUCGGACCUCUCUUUGGAUGGUUG